CACAGAACAGUUGAGUCGUUUGUCAAUACUCGGUGAAUGUGUUAUGUCUUUGGGUUCGAGAUUAAUCCAAACAUUGCAGAAACUUAUCACUAGUUGUACAGAUUAUACAAGUAUACGUCCACUAGCAAGAGAAUUCUUCGGUGCUAUUUACAAUAUCGGUAAGUCUGAUUAUAAAUUCACUCAAGAGGAAAAAUCGGUUAUUGGGAACUUGGUCCAUAGUUCACUAUCAAAUUUGCAAACCUACCUAAGUCUGCGUGUUGAUGAAUACGACAGCCAUUCCGGUUUGAUUUCCAGGACGGACAGGUCAUCUUUACAAUUUUUAUUAGAUGAUUACAAGGAUUUUCCCAUCUCAAAAGGAGAAAAGUUAGGUGAUUAUCUGCCUUCUCUUAUUGAUACUGAAGAUUUAGCACAGUGGGAUAACUUUUUGAGAAAUUACAUAGACGGUGAGGUAGACGCAAUCCUAGACACAUCGUCGGACGAAUUUUUGAAUAUUCCCAAAUCGCAUUGGUGGUGGCGUCAGUAGAAAUAAUUACAUAAAAGCUAAGCCAUCAAAAUGGUGAAUUGGUCCGAGGCGGAUAUAGUAGAAUGGGAAGAGGCAGCAUACAAGGAACAAAAUGCUUUCUGCCAUAUGCUAGGAGAUAGAAGAUGGGACAGAAUAAAACCAAACGAAGGUGUAAUACUGCGCAGAAAAAUAGGAUAUGGCUUAUACGGCCCACCUACCAGAAAUCCAGAUCCAAAAAAUCCUUAUGACAUUGGCUAUAAACCCGAAGAAGAUAUCGAAAUUCAAAAAAUAUACGACGUCAUACUAGAAGAAGGAAAAGAAUAUGAGAAUCGAGGUCAUACAUGGUUUGCUUGUAUAUUCAUAUCCUGUAAAAUGUAUGACAAGCGGUUCACAUUUCCCGUCUUCAGAAUUUUAAAAAAUUACGCGAAAGAUAACUACUCAAAGAACAAUUGUACAUUCAUCGAUCACAACUGUCGUGUUUAUGAAACUUGGGAUGACUAUCUUGCUAAUAACACUCUGCCGGCAUGUUUAAUUUUGUAUCCGAGAGACGGGAUUUAUCAACUUAAAGACAAUGAAAACGUUGAUUGCAUCAAAGAUCGGUCUUGCGCUUGCUACGUUUCAAGUAGAACGAUUGGUGUUCUCGAUUAUGCCGCUACAGCCGCUGGAAUUGGAGCCUCCGCGAUCGGCUUAGCGGCUAUCUGCGCCGUGCCAAUUGCCGGACCAGUAAUGGCAGGAGCGGUUGGUACUGGGCUGGUUUCCAGUGGUUAUGGUCUUAUCCGAUCCUCUUCUGCUCUUGUCGAUCGUUACAUGCAUAAACAAAGCAUUGGAUUUGAUAACGCCGAGUCCAGAAACUGUUGGUUGACCAUCGUCAGUACCCCGCUGUUCUUUACCCAGUUUGGCAUGAUAGCUCGCAUGAAAACUACAGCAGAAGCCGGUGAAAUCAUGAGUAAAGCAGCAAGAAUCACAUUCUCCGUUGUUAAUGUGGCUUGUCUCACUACUAGUGGCUUAGGCAUCAUAAACUCUUUAUCAAAUAUUAUUGAUAAAGGAAUGAACGACACGCUAACACCACUUGAUAUUUAUCAGUUCACCGCCUCUUGCGUAUUCUUCACACACAGCGCUAUGAAUUUCCAAACGGCCAGCACCAUUAUUAAAAAGUUUCAACAAGAUCACAUUGAUUCUUAUAAGGAAUAUCUUAGCACUGAAGACCAAAAAAAAGAUUUCGAUAAUAUCAUCUCGAAGAUGCAAGGGGAAAGAAAAAUGCAUAAUAGCGCUAAAAUCAUUAAAGAACUCAACUACGUUCAAGACAAAGAAGAUUUUAUUAACUCUUUGGUGGAUGUGGAGAAACUGCAUAAUUUUGAAAGUGGUGAUAUAAUGCUCGAUAGAGGCCUUAUUAACAUGAUGGAUGAGUGGCGCAUUCAUCCUGAAAAAUUAAGUCAGAUCGAUGCAGAUUCAGUUACUGAUAUUAUGAGUAACACUAAGAAAUUCCAAAACGGAGAAAUUGAUUUAGAAGGUUUCAAGACGAACUUGGCCAGAGUUUGUUCAAAAUAUCGCCUCCAUAGUGAAGCAGUAAGGGAAAAUACCAUUGCUAAAUUAGCUGCACACUUCGAUGCACCAAAUCUGGACAAUAUUGAAAUGAAUGGUGUGAAAAUAUUCAAAGACAUGCCGGCUCAUGUCAUCGAUAGGUUAAACGGAGUGAUGGAAAACACAGCUAAAAAUUACAAAUCUGAAAUCAUCGACAUUGCUAUAGAUUUUGCGAAAAAAGAAAAUUGUCAAAACGUGAGCGAGUUUUGUAAUUAUUUGGAGUACACCGUGAAAUAUAUGAACGAUGAAAAGAAUCGUUACAUAAGCGAUUACAAACAAAACCCUAGUGGAUAUGAAAAAUUUUCAGGAAAAGUUAAGGAUCAUUUUGAAAACUUAGUUUACAAAGAAUUUAAGACCAAUGGUAAUAAACUAAGCGAAAUGUCUACCCAGUUUAACAAAAUUAAAACUAACAUCGCGCAAGCAAACGCAACGGGUGAACCAAACUUUAGAAGCGAUGUUGCUGCCACAUACCAUUACAUAAAACAUAAGGAUGAUUUUGUAAUAAAUAAUCUCGAUGUUUCUCCUGAUGAUUAUUUAAAUAUCGCUCGGCAAAUUACAAAUGCCCCACCAGGGUCGAUGAUGUUAAGUCAAGAAGGCAAUGUUACGUUUCUAACAUUCAAAGAAAAUGAUGGGAGAAUGGUAAUAGCCAUUCAGCCUAAGGGUGACACAAAUUGUCACAUUGCAACUUGUUACCGCCUAAGGACAAAAUAACGUUCUAUAUGAUAAUAAAUAUUCAUGCAACAUA